GCCAAUCAGCGCAAGACAUUCGCUAUUUUGAAAAACCGUUUGAAGUUUAAACAGACCGGAGAGAGAUAUCACGGCGGCGAUUUCGUCUCGACUCGAAUACCGCAUCUCGCUGAGAGAGUAAGUACCUUCGAGGGAUUGCGUUCUUCGCGAUGAUUUGUUGAAUAGCGCGUUGCAUCUGGAGAAUACGGUACGCCGUUUAUUUCGCGUUUGCUCGACACCCGGAUCCUCGAACUCUCGUACGCGUGCAAAAUUUGUGUAGUUAAACAUUUUCGUUUGGUGGUUUUGCAAAAUACUUGGAAAAAAAGCUAACACUUACGCGUGUUAGCACUUUUUACACAAACAAAAGGAUAAAGAUAUAAAAUUAUAUAGGAGGAAUGGACAAAGAUAUACAAACGGUAGAUGUUACCUACAUUAAAAAACUUAUUUCAAAAGCAACGGAUGUUAAUCCAUUGAAGAAUGCAAAAAAUACCAUUAAUGAAAUGGAACAGAUUUGUGAAAUUAGUUCCACGAAAAGUGCCAGUCAAGAGAAUAGGAGCAACGCUGCAAAGAAAUCCGUCGAGUUGAUGCCACCUCCUAAAUUAGCGUUUGUAUCUAAAUCAGCUGGCAAUCAAACAACUCAACAAAAACAUAGCAACGAGAACGUCAAAGAGAUCACAGAUAGCAAAACUGGCGAUUCUUCAAAAGUUUCGAGCUCGAAUGCAGACUCGAGUAAAAAUGAGAAUCAAAAAAAUGAGAACCAGAAGAGAUGGGUGUUGUCGGACUUCGAUAUCGGACGACCUUUGGGUAAAGGAAAAUUUGGUAAUGUGUACUUGGCCAGAGAAAAGAAAUCGAGAUUUGUAAUUGCCAUGAAAGUGCUUUAUAAAUCGCAAAUAGAAGACGCCAAGAUUUCACAUCAAGUACGACGAGAAAUAGAAAUUCAAACUCACUUGAGGCAUCCAAAUAUUUUGAGAAUGUACGGAUAUUUCUAUGACGAUAAGCGAAUUUAUUUGAUACUGGAAUACGCACCCAAAGGAGAGCUUUACAAAGAAUUAAACAAUCAACCGAAUAAACGAUUCGACGAACAAAGGACAGCCACUUACAUAGCUCAGUUAGCUGACGCGUUAGAAUACUGCCAUAGCAAAAGUGUCAUUCACCGUGACAUUAAACUCGAGAAUUUGCUACUUGGAGCAAACGGCGAAUUGAAAAUAGCUGACUUCGGAUGGUCUGUUCACGCGCCUUCGUCUCGAAGAGACACACUUUGCGGCACUCUGGAUUACUUGCCACCCGAAAUGGUAUCGGGUAAAACGCACAAUCACACAGUUGAUUACUGGAGUGUCGGAGUAUUGUGUUACGAGUGCUUAGUUGGGAAACCUCCUUUCUACGCGCCAACUAACGAGGAAACUUAUAUGAAUAUAAAAAAAUUGCGAUACAGGUUUCCAAGUUUUGUCAGCGAAGGUGCAAAAGAUCUGAUCUCAAAGCUGAUAGUUACCGAUCCGGAGAAAAGAUUAAAUAUGAAAGAUGUCCUUUCACACAAGUGGAUUGUAGAAAAUCGCAAAAUAAAUAAUGCCUGAGAGUUUUAGUAAUAUAUAUAUAUAUAUACACACGUAAAACAAGUAUUAAAUGUAAAACCAUGUAAACAUACCGCAUGAGAAUUUCAUGUAAUUUUUAAUUCGUUCGAUAAUCGUCUAAGAAAAUUAACGUAAAAUUGCAUAUGGACUAUUAUUUAUUAUUAUGUAUUUAAAAUGUCUUUUACACACACACGCGCGCGCGCGCAUAUACACGUAUAUACAUUGUGGUUUGGGAUGCGCUUAAUAUUUUAUCUCUGAUUUAAAAAAAGACUUAAUCUCAUAUAACGAAGUAUAUCGCGCAAUAGAGCUGUCAAUCUCUAUAAUGGUACGAUUUUUGAGACUAAACUUGCAACAAUCCUUCGCAGUUUUUUCUUAAAUAUUUAAAUAAGUUAUACUAAAAAAUUCUAUUUCAGUUCUUAAGAGUUUCUCAACUGCAGAUAGUUGAUCCGAAUUAAAUGUAUUUUUAUAGUUAUUCUCAUUUUAUGUUUAGAAUAGAAAUGUUUGAUCGUCCGUAUAAUUUUCUCUGUAUAUAAACAUUAUCCGACUUUGCCUUCAUGUUUACUAGUGUAACUAAAUUUAUUUUCCAUUAGAUGUUUUAGUUUGCGGAGCUCGAGUACGUUACAUUAGUUAGUUUAAGUACAAUUUUAUUGGGUGAUAUAAACUGUGUACAGUCUAUGGUCAUUACUGUGCAGUCAUGUACUUCUCUAUGGUCAAUUUAUGCCCAACGUGUCUAAUCAAAAACAUUCGGUAUUUUAGAUCUAGUAUAUGUGACUUAUUUAUCUGGUAUCAGUCUCUCUGUGCAACUGCUCAAACGAUGGAGGAGCAACAUAAAGAUGGUGAAUACGGUGAUAGAUUUAUCGAAUGUAUAAAUUGAGAAUGUAACUAAAUAAAUGCGACAA